UGCCACGUCACACAGAAGGGCUCGCAUGCGGAAACGACAACUGAAAACACCCACGCCGGUCGGCUCCGUGAUGUAAGCCCAACCUCCUACAACAUUUGUACAACUACCCAGUUGUCGCUGUUCGUCCCCCGAGUCGAGGAAUUCCACUGGACCUUCUCCUCCGUCGGUUUUCUCAUUCUUGUUUUCUUUUGACCGGUUGUGAAAUGCUGCUAAACGAGACUCCGCUGUUCGAGCCCUCACUUCUUCAGGAGCUGGACUGGAGCAGCAACCCUCUGUCCUUCUCCCCCCUCAUUUCCCCCUCCAGUCCGGGGCAAGACCUGGUGCUCAGGCCGCUUUGUUUGGCAGACUUCAACAGGGGUUUCUUCAAGGUUUUGUCUCAACUUACUCAGACGGGCGAUGUCACACCAGAGCAGUUCACAAAGAAGUUUGAACAUAUGAAGAAGACCGGAGACUACUACGUAGUUGUAGUGGAGGACACAAACUUGGGACAGAUUGUUGCCACGGCGACAUUGAUCACGGAACACAAAUUCAUCCACUCCUGUGCUAAGAGAGGCCGAGUGGAGGAGGUGGUAGUUAGUGACGUGUGCAGAGGAAAGCAGCUGGGCAAACUUUUGGUUUCAACUCUCACUCUUCUCAGCAAAAAACUCAACUGCUACAAAAUCACACUGGAAUGCGCACCCAACAACGUGGCUUUCUACCAGAAGUUUGGAUACACCUCCUCACAGGAGACUUACAUGCAGUGUCGAUUUUCCGACUGAGGACAACAGCGGCUUUAAACCUCCCUUUCGGGGGUCAUGAACCCGACCUUUACACACCCACUCACAGCAAAGUUUGCACAGACAAAUUGUCUGAAGUUGGGCAAGCUGCCCAUGGACGAGGUUAUGGUUGUGAGUUGUUCUUUGAUGCGGAUCCUGAAUUUCAACAUACUUGAGUCAAGCUAAAUGUAUGUUGAAGCCUUUAGCUCAGUCCAAAAUGAACCUCUUCUGCCCCUUUGGUUACGAUUGCUACCGCACCAAGGUUUUUUCCCCCACCAUCCGAAGAAAGAAAUGUUAAGUCUAAAUGCAAGUUCUUAAUUAUGUGACAUUACUUGUAAAUAGCUGUGUACUAAAUGGCAUUACCGACAAACAUGUCAGUAACAACAAUUGCUUAGGUUACAAAAGUGAAUUAAUAUUGAUAUUUAUGAUGAAGCUAAAUAACUUGUCUACGGCGUCUCAAGUUCACUACAAAUCCUAGAAUGCUGUAGGGAAUAUGUUUUGAUCAUGAUUCAUAGUUAUUCUCUCGGAUCAUCAUGGGCAAGCACCAAAGAAAAGUUUUUUUAGGGGUGAUUAGUUAUUACAUUCUUUUUUACUGGGGUUUAAUUUUUCUAUCAUGUCAUAUUUGGUAUAUAGUGUUCUACAUCUGGGAGGGCUUUUCUCUUUGACGGGUUUAAAUACUAAAACAUGACGAAUUACCAUCAAGACUUAUGUAUAUUUUUAGCAAACUUUUUUUUUUUCAUUUGAAGGAGAUGAAUAAUUCACUUCUACAUUUUUUUUUUUAUUGGGUCGGUAUUUGAAAUGCGAUCACUGCUGUGAUUUUGUGAUGGGGAAAUGGAUAGAAAUUAUUUUGUAAAUUAACUAAGUUAUAUUAUUCUGGCAAAAUGGGUCCUAUUUAUUGUAAUUUAUUUACAACUAUGUAAGCAACAUAAAAUGUUCUACAAUCUAC